AUGAAAAUGCUGAAUCCGGUAAGUAGAUCAUUUCACAAGAGGGCAGGCAAUGGUGAGGAACAGAAGCACCUGGUGACACUGGAACGCCAGAUCGUUGGCUCAACCAGCCGGUGGCGUUUCCUCAGAGAGCCUUUUUUGGGGGACCUGCUGGCGCUUUCCCAGAUGUGCAAGGCUGUCAACGUAGACUUUGAUGAAGUUCUGAAGAACCCAGACAGGUUAUGCAUUUCACAAAUUCAGGAAAACAUCCCUGAGACUUUGAAGAACAAGGCCAUCCAAAGCGCGGAGGCAGGUGUGAUUCUCGAAUGCCUUGGCUUCAGGUGGGAACUCCAUCAGCCCCAGCUUUUUCAGUCCGAGACCCUGACCAAGCUUUACAUGAUGGCCCUGGCCCGAGGCAACGCAAACCCUGAGAAGGAGCUGGAGAAGCUUCUGCAAGCUCAGCUGCCCGGGAAGAUUAAAGAACAACGCCCUGUAAAGAAGAUGAUCGUUUCCUUGAAGAUCAAUGACCCUCUGGUCACCGAAGCUGCCUUCGCCGUGGCCCUGCAGAAUCUCUACCUGCGCGAGGUAAGGGUGAGCAUGGACGACGUGCUGGGCGUGCUGGCUGCAGCCCACGUUCUUCAGUUCAACAGCCUGUUCCAAAGGUGUGUGACCAUGAUGAUGAACGGACUCACGCCGAGCACCAUCAAGGACUUCUACCUGGCCGGCUGCAAGUACAAGGAAGAGCCGCUCACCACUGCCUGCGAGAAGUGGAUGGAGAUUAACAUGGUCCCUCUGGUGGGGACGCAGAUCCACCUCCGGAAAAUCCCGCAGGAGCUGCUCCACAAAGUGCUGAGGUCCCCCAGGUUGUUUACUUUCAGCGAGUUCCGCCUUCUGAAAACACUUCUUCUGUGGGUCUACUUGCAACUAAACAGCAAAACUCAGACGAUGCCGACGUACGAAACUGUGCUCUCGUUUUUUAGCAGCUUCCCCAAGAAGUGUUGCUUUCUGGACCGGGAUGUGGGACAGAACUGGAUGCCGCUCUUCCUUUGCCUGCGUCUGCACGGCAUCACCAAAGGCAAGGAUCUGGAGGAGCUAAGGCACAUUAACUUCUUCCCUGAAUCCUGGCUCGUCCGGGUUAUAGCCAACCAUUACCUCGCGCUGGAGAAUGGGGGCGACAUGGCCCACGCGAAAGAUCUUACCACCCAGGGGGUGAGAUUCGGGCUGCUCUUUAACCAGGAGUAUACUACACAUUCAAAAGUGAUUGCCAUGUAUGGAUUCUUCUUUGAGAUAAAGGGAAUCAAACAUGAUACUACUUCAUAUAGUUUUCAUAUGCAGAGAAUAAGGCACACCAACUUGGAAUUUGCCUCCUCCGUCUAUGAGCACAGCCCCAUCAGCCUGAGAGCAGAGCGCUUGGUGACGUACGAGAUCAGAGCCCAGACCCUGGUGGACGGCAAGUGGCAAGAGUUCACGACGAACCAGAUCAAGCAAAAGUUUGGGUUGGUCAAGUCGUCCUGCAAAAGCCACGCCUUGAAAAUCCAAACUGUGGGCAUCCCAAUCUAUGCAAGUUUUUCAUUCAUCUUCUCAUUAUCUUAACGGUUUUCAGAAGAAUCUAUGGGAUUUUUUUUUCUUCCACUGGUCCAUGUAAAAGGAAAUAAAACGACAUGAAAGGGACUGCUCAAGUAUUCAGCUGACUGUCCGAGUUAGUAAUGGUCUCAGAACUUUGGCCCACUGUCUUGGUCUGUUGGGCUGCUAUAACAAAACACCACAGACUGGGCGCUUAUAAACAACAGAAAUUUGUUACUCACAGUUCUGGAGGCUGGAAGUCCAAGAUCAAGGUGCCAGCAGAUUCCACGUGGUGUCUGAUGAGAACCUGCUUUCUGGUUCAUAGACGGCUUCUUCUCGCUGUGUCCUCACAUGGUGGAGGGGGCAGGGAGCUCCCUGGGGCCUCUUUUAAUAAGGGCACUAAUCCAUUUUACGAAGGCCCUGCCUUUCCCUCAUGACCUAAUCACCUCCCAAAGGCCCCACCUCCUAAUGACAUUACCUUUGGGGGUUAGAAUUCAACAUAUGAAGUCUGGGGAGACACAUUCAGACCAUAGCACUCCCAUUUGUAUCGUUGGAGGAUGGAAAGUAUCAGAGCCAUGAGUCCAUUGCCAUCAUCGACCCCGAAGCUCCCUGAGUCCAGCCCUAACUUGAUGCAUUCUCGGAAGCACUCCUAUGGGGGUAUCAACAGUAACAACAUACUCCAACUGGCAGCGCCAAGGUUCCCCUUUUUGUGAUACAUCUCUGCUUGCCACACAGAACAACACACCUUGCCAUUGUCGCUGGCAGUUUUGGCUCAGCCAGAACAAGAGGUAGGAAGGGAAGUAAACAGUUAUAAGGUAUGGCAUGACUUAGUUACUGUCCCACCUUUUUAAAUGGAACUUUAGGUUUUGGAAAAAGCAAGGCAAGAGAGGCUUUUUUCGCACCGUGUGGAUUAGUUUUCUGUUGCAGUGUAGCAGAGUACCAAAAGUGUAGCGGCUUAAACAACACAUACUUAUUAUUUCACAGUUGUUGUGGGUCAGGAGUCCAAGCAGCCUUGCUGGGUCCCCUGCCCAGGGUCAAGUCUACAAUCCAGUGGCAGCUGGCUGUGUUCUCAUCUGAAGACACAAGUGGGGAGAACCCACGUCCAAGCUCAUGAGGUUGCUGGCAGAUUCAUUUCCUUGCAGCUGUAUGACUGAGGGCCUGACUGCUUACCGGCUGUCGAGAGAAGACCACCCAGGUUCUACAGGCCCCUGUACUUCCCUGCCACAUGGUGCUCUCUACAGACAUUUCAGAGCAUGGCUCUUUGUCCUUCAAGGCCAGCAGGAGAGUCUCUCUCACUGUCGACUGCUAAGACAGAGCCGUGCGUACCGCAAGGUAAUCUUGGGAGUGACAUAGCAUCACCUUGGCCAUGUUCUCGGGGCUAGAAGUAAGUCAUAUGUUCUACCCACACUCAAGGGGAGAGGAUUAUACAAGGUGUGUGAUGAUUUAGGGUGUGUCCACCACAGCCUGUUAACCGGUGUCUUUGGGAAAGUGAUGGAGCAUCAGCUGAUGCCGUAUAGACAACAAGGUGGGUAAAUUUAGUCUAAUGAUCACCGUAGAAUCAGACAUGGGCUAAGGGAGCCGCCUUCCCAGCAGAGGACUGAUGCCCUGGGCAGAGUGAGCUGGCAGAGAGGAGGGCUGGUGGGAAGGUGAGAAGGGGAACCAGUGGAAGAAUUGGACAAACGAACUGGGAGUUGGGCCUGUCCUAGGCCCCAUCCUGCAAGUUCUGUUCCCUAGCUUGCAUCUGGCCAGGCCCAGCCAAUAGGAAAUGGUGAUGGGAGCUUGAAGAAUAAGAGACUGAGGGAAGCCAGGGGACUUCUCACCCUCUCGGCUGCAGAGGGCAUUUUCCAGCAGUGGCUGUGUCUCCCCUAUGGCUCCAGCUCUGCUCUGCUGUCCCAGCUCCUACCUGGCAGCCUCCUGUCGUGGUUCCAGAUCCAUCAGAUGGCCCUGCUUCUGCUUCUGUUCUGGUGACGCCUCCUCAUCUGUGUACCCCUGCAGCUCCAGGCCGGUGAAGACUUCCUGCCGGUCUCUGGGUGCCUCAUUCUCCUGUUUGCCUUCUCAGGUCUUCCUUCAUCUGUGUGAUCUGUUCUCUAUUAUAUUUAUUCUGUUUGAAAUCCCUGGGGUAUUUUAGGCUUUCCAGACAAGUCCCUGAUAUAAAGGGUUCUGAGGGGUUGGCAGGUGUGACCCAGUGCAUAGGCUGUUGGAAAACACAGCCUCGAUUAUUCCUCCCACCCCUGCAGGGCCGGGACAGGGCAAGGCAAGUGAGACGCUCUCCUUGUGUCAAAAUACACCGUCAUUCAGAUUAAUGGUAUUUUAGUGGACUAUCUUAAAAAAAUCAAAAUCAAUGCCAAAAAUCUAUGACGUAGGUUGAUGAAUUACCACAGAUGAACACCCCCAUAUUCCAGCACCCAGAUCAAAGCCAGAAAGUGCAUGGUCACCACCCCAGAUGCCCCCCUCCCUCCUUGUACUUCCUCCCAGUCACUGUUCCUCGAAGGUAAACGCUAUCUGACUAUCACAUUCGUUACAACGGCCAUUUAGUUUGAAUAUUGAAUGAAGAGAGUCGUGCAGCCUGUUCUCUUCCAUGCUUGCAUCCUUUGGUUCAACAUCACGUUUAAGAGAUUCAUCCACGUCUUCGUAGGGAGCAGUAGUUUGUUUUCAAAUAAGGAUCGUUUCCCCUUUUAUAACACGAAAUGUUACUUCUAUAUAAUAACAAGCUUGUUGAAGAAAAAUGAGAAAAUUCAAAGAAGACAAUAAAAUCCAGUGGGACUCCCAUCAUUCAGAAGUUUGGCAGGUGACCUUCCCGAAUUACCUUUAGAUGCACUUGGAGUUUUCUUCCCAUUCAAAAUGGGAUUAUGCAAUGUGUUUUUCCUUAGAAGCUGAUUUUUUUUCUCUCUCCAGAUAGAUGAUUUCUUUAACAGAGAAGCACAGCCUUAGGAGAAGAAGGCGGGGAUGAAUUUGCCUUGCCUCCAAACUAAUGGUGCUAAGUCGGAAAAGUCACUUGUCAUUUCCCCUCUGUGAACUGUGCUUCCUUGUCUAUAAAAAGGGGAUAAGGCAGCCCCUCGGCCUCCCUCGGGGCUAUGAUCCCUGCGGCCACGACUUGUGUAACAGCCCCUCGGUAAGCAGCCCCUGGGCAGAUGUCGGGGUGCGGCUCGACUCACUGGCUCUGGAGAAAGAGCAGCCUCGUGGCAUUUCACCAGGGUCCUGGGGGAUAAUGGGGAGGAUAAGAAUGGAAAACUUCUGAAAGCAAGUCUGUAGAUGUCCAAGAGAGAAGAGGCUGUUUGGAAGCACUGCUGAAACAUGAAUGACUGUCCACUUUCUAUGGGAAACCACUGUCCUGGCUCAGCUAUUUGGAAUAUGCAAUGUCAAGCUCCCGGAGUCUGCAGGAUUGGGACAACCUCGCGGAACAGCAAUUCCAAAAAGGCCUCCCUAAGGUGACCAGUCACACUGUGAGGGUCCAAAAGGCAGGGAUGUAGGAGAAAGGCAACCCCAGAAAGGAUGGAGUAAGGGCCUGACGGGCCGGGCUGCGUCCCCUGCCUCAAGGGCCAGAGAAUGGAGGCACCUGAGGCAGAAGGACUCGGGGCGUCAGGGACAGGAGAUGAUGUCAUUUCUACCUCCUCACUGUAAGAGCGGGGAAUCAGGCCCAGGGAGCUGGAGUGACAGUUCUGGUUUAAAGAUGUUACACUUGACGCCCACCCUCUCACUGAAUCCUCCCAACUGCCCCCCCUCCCCGUGAUGUAGGUGUAUUUUCCACGUCAGUAAGAGUGGCAGCUGAGGGCUUCCCUGCUGGUGCAGUGGUUAAGAAUCCGCCUGCCAAUGCAGAGGACAUGGGUUCAAGCCCUGGUCCAGGAAGAUCCCACAUGCCGCGGAGCAACUAAGCCUGUGAGCCACAACUACUGAGCCCAUGUGCCACAACGAAUGAAGCCCACGCGCCUGGAGCCCGUGCUCCACAACAAGAGAAGCCACUGCAAUGAGAAGCCCGAGCACCACAACGAAGAGUAGCCCCCGCUCGCCACAACUAGAGAAAGCCUGCGCACAGCAACAAAGACCCAAUGCAGCCAAAAAUAAUUAAUUAAUUAAUUAAAUUUUUAAAAAGAGUGGCAGCUGAGCUUCAGAGAAUAAGGAAGUUGUACAUCCAGGUUCCUCAGAGUGGCAGAGCCGGGGCCACCACGGGCCUGGCCACACGGCUCACCUGUUUCCAUUUCCCUCCACAGGCCACUGAGAAGAGGGGAAAAGUUUACUUAUUUAUUUAUUUAUUUGGCUGCAUUGGAUUUUUGUUGCUGUGCGCGAGCUUUCUCUAGUUGUGGCGAGCAGGGGCUACUCUUCAUUGCGGUGCGCAGGCUUCUCAUUGCGGUGGCUUCUCUCUUUGCGGAGCACGGGCUCUAGGCACGUGGGCUCAGUAGUUGCGGCUCACGGGCUCUAGGCGCGCGGGCUCAGUAGUUGUGGUGCACGGGCUUUGUUGCUCCGCGGCAUGUGGGAUCUUCCCAGACCAGGGCUCGAACCCGUGUCCCCGGCAUUGGCAGGCGGAUUCUUAACCGCUGCGCCACCAGGGAAGUCCCGAGGGGAAAAGUUUUAAGGUGCUUAAUUCAAGUAUUUAUUGAACACCUACUACAUGCCCGACAGAACUGUGCGCGGAGCAUCUGGGCAUGCUGGGCCGUGCUGGGCAGGGUGCCGUCACAUGGGAAAUCACAUUUGAUUCCGCUGGGGGCGUUGGGACAGGGCAAGGGUGGUCUCACUGAGGAGGUGGCAGGUAAAUGGGCCAUGGAGGAUGAGCAGUGUCCUUGCAGGUGGAGGGUUGCUGGGAAAUGGUACAGGUGAAGCUGAAACAGCUGAGAACAGGCUCAUGUCCAGGUCCAGGACUCUUGGACUGAAUCUUCACCAGAAUCUCCUGGUUGCUGGUGCAAAUGGACCCCUGGCCCCCCAGCUGUGAAGGCUGACUUUGCAGCCUAGGAGACACCCAGGAACCUGCACUUUAACUCCCAGGCUUUGGGGAAGUCGUGAUGCGGGAGGUCUGGGAUCACUCCCAGAAACAACUCAGAUCGAUCUGAAAAUGUUGAUUCCAUAGCAGGGGUCCCCACCGUACCCCACAUACCCGACUGUCUUUCUUCUCCAGUGAAAAAAAAAUCCAAUAACAACAACAAAGCUGUGAAUCUAUUUCACCACACUGGAUGAUUUUAUUUUUAAAACCAAAUUUCCUGUAUUAUGAAAUAUAGAACUUCAAGGAGGCACCCUCCUGUGGGUGGACCAUUUACUAUAAUGCAGAGUCCACCCCUUUCCACUAGGGGGCGAGGUCUGCCUCAAAACUGGGAACCAGAAUUUCAGUGGCAGAAAUUUGCAACUUAAAAGCUCAUCUUGCAGGGUCUUCCUUGCUUAGUGGUUCAAAGUGAACUUUUUUUUUUACAUCCCAGAUGAGACUGUGGUCAUUCAAACAUCUACAGUGUUCACAUCACAAAAUCUCUGAACCUGGGAAGUAGAAGUCUUGAGACAAAAAUUCUUAAGAUGAUCUUACAAGCCCUCCUUACAAGUGAGAACUUCUUAGACUAGAAUUUAAAAAGUCCACAGUCACCAGGCCAAAAGCAGUGACCAUGAGUGUUGGUCAGCCUAACGUAUUAUGUGCCAUGUCCAUGACCUUCUCUGUGUUUGCUUCUCCUAUCACCCACCAUCUGGCUCACCUCCCCAGACCCUCCCCUCCAACAAAGAUGGCCCAGCAACUCUUUUAAGUCAUGAAGUAGCAAGACAAGGGUUUGAGUCCUAGCUCUGUCCCUUACUAGCUGUGUUGCUUUAGGCAAGUCACCUAACCUCUCUGAACCUCAGAGUCUAAUCUGAAGUGGGCCAUCAGACCUGUGGUGUUAAAUAAGUUGAUGUGUGAUUGGUAAAGCACCCAACACAUAGUAGGAGGUUGAUACAAUUUAUCUCUGUUCCUCCUCAUUAUUUGGAGUCAUUCAGUAUUUAUUAGGUCAAGAUGGAUGCUCUGUGAUCUUGGGCAAGUCCUUUUUCUCUUCUGGGCCUUCUUCCCCUUAUGCAAAAUGAAAGGUCGAGCUAGGCACUCUUGGUAGACCUUCCCAGCUGCAAUCAUUCAUUGAGUCCUCUGAUUCCAGGAGAGCAGAAGAACAGAAGUGAAUGGCUGUGCCUAUGACCAGGAAAAGUAGGACCUGGGGAAGAAAUGAACUGUCUUAUUUUCCUAUGAGCUCAUCGGGAAGAGCAAGAAGGGCUUUUAUCCUCACUCUUCUUUAGGGGGUUUGGUAUCCUGGAGGCUAGAGUACCAGAUGAGAGAGGACAUUUUUGCUCUUGUAAGCCUAAGAUGAGAAGGGGAUGUGCUGGGGCCUGCCAAGCUGCUGGGGAGAAAGACGGGCUCCCCAGGAACUGGGUGGGGGAAGUCCCAGCCCCAUGUGCACACAGGAGGAUGGCAUAGGAUGUGUUGGAGGCUGGCCCACAGGAUCUGAGGCCUUGAGAGCUGAGAAGCAGUGAGGACAGAGUAUCCUGUGGGAGACAGAGAGGAGAGAACCCUCUGUAGGGAAACCUCUAGGGCAGUGCUAUCCAGUAGAACUUUCGGCAGUGAUGGAAAUGUCCUAUAUCCACCCUGUCCAAUAUGGUGGCCACUAGCCCCAUGUAACCACAGAGCACUGAAAUGUGGCUAGUGUGACUAGGAAAUUGAGUUUUUAAGUUUAUUUCAUCUUAAUGUAUUUACAUUUAAAUCACCAUAAAUGCAAGUAGAAGGAACAGGGUAGCAAAGGUACCAACCACGGAACAGGACUGGGACCUUCCAAUUUCUAGAGACCCUCCAGAGUACUGAGUCUUUUAGUCUCUCCCCAAGGCCCGGAGAAGGAAGCAUCAGUGGCCAUGCCUGAGGCUCAGCCUGCAGUCACCACAAACAUUUGCCUGGACUGCUGGGCGAAGGCUACCUCCUCAGGGGCAGGGAGAAGCAUGUUGGGGGAAAGGAAGGUUCUAAUGCCAGGGAAGCAGAACUCAGCUCUCUAUCAGGAGUCCCAGUGUUACCCCACUCCUACCUGCACUGACAGUUAUUUAAAUUUCAAUUUAUUAAAGUGAAAUAAAAUCAACAACUUAAUUUCUCAGUGGCAUUGGCCACAUUUCAAGUGUUCGGUGGCCACAUUUGGCUGGUGGCUACCGCAUUGGACAGGGUGGAAUAGGACGCAAGGCUCCCAUGGCUCCAUUUGGUGACUCUGAGUGAGUUAUGUGCCCUUUGCGCUUUCAGCCCCUGACGUUCAUUCUACAGAUUUCUCAUGGGCGGCUGGCUGCUGUGGGCCAGGCGUGGGUUAGGGCUUCAAAGGUGAACAACACAGACAGCCUCUGCCCUCAUGGAGCCCACAGUGUGGAGAGAGACAGGUGUUGAUGGAAUCAUUGCACUAAGCAAUGCUUCAGCGCCCUGAAGCGAGGAAGCCCAGUUACUUGAAAGCUUAAAGCAAAGAAGCUGACCUAGAGCCCAGGAGGGCAUGCGAGGCCCAGGGAGGGGUCUUUGCACGGAAGUAGCCCUUAAGCUGAGACAUGAAGUAUGAGUGAGAUUUUUUUUUUUUUUCCUGCUGUGCCACGUGGCUUGUGGAAUCUUAGUUCCUCAACCAGGGAUUGUACCUGUGCCCCCUGCGAUGGAAGUGCAGAGUCCUAACCACUGGACCACCAGGGAAUUCUCAUGAGUGGAAUUAAAAUGGGUUUGGAUGGAGAAAUCGGAACCCUCAUAUGCUGUGAAAUGGUACAGCCACUUUGGAAAACAAUCUGGCAGUUCCUCAAAUGAUUAAACAUAGAGUUGCCGUAUGAUCCAGCAAUUCCACCAAGUAUAUACCCAAGACGCACAAAGACAUAUGUCUCUACAGAAACUUGGGCACAAAUGUUCACUAUUCAUAGUAGCCAAAAGGUGAAAAGAACCCAAAUGUCUAUCAGCUGACAAAUGGUUAAAAAAAUGUGGUAGAUCCAUACGAUGGAAUAUUAUUCAGCUGUAAAAGGGAAUGAAGUACAGUACAUGCCAUAAGGUGGAUGAACCUCGAAAACAUGAUGUUAAGUGAAAGAAACCAGUCACAAAAAAGCCACAUAUUAUAUGAUCCCUUUCAUGUGAAAUGUCCAGAACAGGAAAAUAUGCAGAGACAGAAAGUAGAUAAGUGGUUGCUUAGGGCUGGAGGGAGGAAGAGGCUGGGGAGAGAGGGAGGGUGACAGCUAAAGGGUACAGGGUUCCCGUCUGAGACGAUGAAAAUGUUCUAAAUUGACUGAUGGUGAUGGUUGCAAAACUGUAAAUAUACUAAAAAACUAUUGAACUGGACAUUUAAAUGGGUGAGUUGUAUGAUACAUGAAUUAUAUCUCAGCAAAGCUGUUUUUUUUUUCAUUUAUUUACUUUAUUUAUUUACUUUUGCCUGUGUUGGGUCUUCGUUGCUGCACAUGGGCUUUCUCUAGUUGCGGCGAGCAGGGGCUACUCUUCGUUGCGGUACGUGGGCUUCUCAUCGCGGUGGCUUCUCUUGUUGCGGAGCACGGGCUCCAGGCAUGCGGGCUUCAGUAGUUGCAGCACUCGGGCUCAAUAGUUGUGGAUCACGAGCUCUAGAGCGCAGUCUCAGUAGUUGUGGCGCACAGGCUUAGUUGCUCCAUGGCAUGUGGGAUCUUCCCGGACCAGGGCUCGAACCCGUGUCCUCUGCGUUGGCAGGUAGAUUCUUAACCACUGUGCCACCAUGAAAGUCCCAAAGCUGUUUUUUAAAAAAGGAAAAGUUGGGGGUCAGGAGAAGAUUCGGUCCAGACUAGAACGUGAGCUGGGGAGCCGACUCCUUUAGAAGACGAGGAAGAAGGCCAAGUGGCCAGAGGCAGGGGAGCAGGCAGAAACAGCUGGAGUCGUGGUGGAUUGGACAUCGGGGGGACUUGCGAACCAAAUCUGUGUUUUGAAAAAGUCAUUCUGAACGAUGCAUGGCAAAGGAGUGGGGGGCUGGCAGAGUGGGAAUGAGGCUUAACGUUUAAGAGGCUUUUGUGGUGAUCUGGGAGAGGUGAGGGGGCUUGGGCAGGAGUGACAGCCGUGGAGAUGGUGGCCAAACAGACAGACGGGGAGAGACGGAGCUCAGCUCCUGCUCUGCCCAAAGGGAAUGACCAUCCCUCAACUGCCCUGCGGGAAUGUUGGCUAUGCUGCCAGGUCCCCAGGUGACCACCCAGGGGUAUGACUGUGACCACUCAGGAGACAGAAACCUCCUCUUCUAUCACAGAUUGUGUGCAUUCUUCCAGAAGUGGUUGCCCCAGUUUUUUAAAAAAUAAAUAUUCCCAAAGGACGCUGGCUGGUGGCAGUAUAGAUUGGUACUGUCUUUCUGAGGACAAUUUGGAACACUUUAGAAAAGGGCUUAGGAUGUAAGUGACUGUGGUAUAUCAUUAUAAUAACGGCCCCAGUGAAUCCCACCUCCCUGUGUCUGUGCCCCUUGGCCUCGCUGCUCCACUCAUCAAGAGAUGGAGACCAUUUCUCCACCCUCUUGAAUCUGGGCUGGCCCUGGGCCUUGCUUUGGCCAAUAGAAUGUGGCAGAAGUAACAUCAUGAACCCCUUAUGGUUCAGGAGUCUGGACCAUAAUGGGCUUGCACCACCACCCUUGUCCUCUGGGAGCCCCGGGACCACACCACGUUGCAGCCCGGGCUAGCUUGCUGGAGGCUGAGAGGCCACGUGGAGAAUUGAGGUUUCAGCCAACUACCAGCACCAACAGCCAGACCUGUGACUGAGGCCGCCUGAAACCUUCCAGCCUAGUGCCCCCUCCAGAGGAGCACAGCCACGUGAGUGACCCCAGAAGGAACCUAGUACCCCCUCCAGAGGAACACAGCCACGUGAGUGACCCCAGAAGGAAAUUCCACCGAAAAGGACUUCUCCAGCCAACCCUCAGAAUCAUGAGAAAUAAUUAAUUUUUUAAUCAAUUUUAAGAAAUUGAAGUAUAGUUGAUUUACAAUGUUGUGUUAAUUUCUGCUAUACAGCAAAGUG